GUUCCUUUUUGAGAAUUAUAUGGGUGUGCUCAACUAGCUUGAACAACGUUUUAAGCCGUUUUUCUCUUGUCGGAUAGUAAGAUUGAACUAAAAAAUAAAAAAUGGAAGCAGUAGUAUUCGACGGGAAGACUCUGUCUCUCAAGUAUGAGAAGAAUUAUCCGAUGCCGAAGGUGAUCAAUGAUGAUGACGUCAUCGUCAAAGUGGAGUAUUCAGGCAUCUGUGGCACUGAUCUCCAUAUCAUUCAGGGUGAGUUCCCGGCUUCCAAGGAGCGCCCUUUUCCACUAGGACACGAGUUCAGCGGUGUCGUACACGAUGCUGGCAAGAAGUCCAUCUUCAAGAAGGGACAGAAGGUCGUCGUUGACCCUAACUGCGCGUGCAACCUCUGCGACUUCUGCCGCAACGGUAACUACCAGUACUGCACUACAGCCGGCAUCAACAGUACUGUCGGCAUCUGGCGCGACGGUGGAUGGGCGCAGUACACCAGAGUACCCCAGAUCCAGGUCUUCGCGCUGCCUGAACCUAUCACUACUGAGCAAGCGGGUCUAUGCGAGCCGUACUCCUGUGUCUCUCACGGAUUCGACAGAGCCUCACCCCUGUUUGUCGGACAGAAGAUACUGGUCGUCGGCGCCGGAAUUAUUGGUAACCUGUGGGUAAGCGUGCUUCACCUCCACGGCCAUCGUGACGUCACAGUUUCCGAAAUGAACAAGAGCAGAUUGGAGAUCGUCAAGAAUUUGGAAACGGGCUACAGACUCAUCACACCUGACGUUUUAGCACAAGAAAAGCAACUUUAUGACGUCAUCAUCGACUGCACAGGCGUGGGCAAAGUGAUGGAGAUCAACUUCAACUACUUGAUACAAGGAGGCAAAUACGUCUUGUUCGGUUGCUGUCCCCCCACACAUCAAGCUUCAGUGAACCCCUUCCAAAUCUACGACAAAGAACUCACCAUCAUUGGUGUGAAGAUCAAUCCGUUCAGCUUCCCAAAGGCUAUUGGUCUUCUCAAGGCCAUGGGCAGCAGGUACGUGGACUACAAGAAGCUGGGAGUGAAGACCUACGCGUUGGCUGAAUACAAAAAGGCCCUGGAUGACUUGAAGGCUGGUACCAUUGCCAAAGCUCUUUUCAAAAUUGUAUAAAAUAUAAAAUGAUGAUGAUGAUGA